GGCCAAAGCUGAAAAAGACCAUGAUUGGCCACAGUAUGUGAGAUUUGCAUUAUCUCGGAUUACGUCACUCAUUCCAUGUGAAGCAAGCUCUGUGAGCGGACACACACGCUGUCACAGUCCUGCGUCCAAGCAAGUGGGCCAAAUAUACAUCUCUUUGACUAGGGAGAGCGACUUGUUCCCACGAGCAUUCACAAGCGCCGGAGACUUACUCAACAUGGCAACCAAAGCUGUAGCUCAUCUGGAACAAGAGGAGGGCAGGAAUGGACGUGGAGAGGAUCCUUCGCGCCCUCACAAGUGUAGCGAGUGCGACAAGCAGUUUCGUAAUAUGAGUGGAUUGAAAAAACACCUGCGUACUCAUACUGGUGAGGAACUCUACAGGUGUGAGGAGUGUAGCAAACAGUUCAGUCAUCUGGGUAAUCUGGAGAGGCACAUGAGGACUCACACCGGUGAGAAACCCUACAGGUGUGAGGAGUGCAGCAAACAGUUCAGUGAUCUGGGCACUCUGAAGACGCAUAUGAGGACCCAUACCGGAGAGAAACCUUACAAAUCAUCGAGUCUCUAG